ACUUAACAAUAUUUGAAAGAAGUUAGAAUUAGCAGAAGUUUGAUAUUUCAUAUGCGUAGGAACACAUCAUUAGUAGCUGCUUCUCUGGGACUAUUGUCAUCAUAUUAUUGAUGGCGCAUGACGCAAAGGAAUAGAAGCUGCACGAUGGGGCGCUACGUCUUUUGCUUUUUGUUCCUGAUCUCGACUGUGGAGUGUUCGGCGGGGAGAUUCUUCAUAUCAGCCCCCCAUGUUUUUCACGUGGGUGUUAAUGAGAAAGUGUUUGUCCAGAUGGGAAACUCUUAUCUUAAUAAUCCUGUCACUCUCUACCUGGAGCACGAGGCUACCGGUACUCUUGUGUCUGAGAAGAAAACCGAUGGAACCACAACGGAAGGACAGAUUAAAACAGUUGAGCUAAUGAUAGAAAGGAAUCUAAUCUCAACAUUGUCUGAACGUUUUGGCCUCAGCUACCUUCUGCUGGUGGCAGAGAGCCCCUCCUUCGGUAGGAUUAGGAAGGUAACAAGAGUUAUGGUAUCAAAACGAAGGGGCUACAUCUUCAUUCAGACUGAUCAGCCAAUCUAUACCCCGGCACAGAAUGUGCGAUACAGGAUAUUCACUCUUGACCACACAUUGAGGCCUCAUGAUGAGGUGUUCCACAUAAAAGUAUAUAAUUCUGCUGGAAAUAGAGUCAUCAAAAGCCAAAAGAUUGCAGAUAGAGGAAUACUCCAAGGAUCAUUUCCGCUACCUGAUGUAUCAAAAUUGGGCACAUGGAAGAUUACAGCACACUAUGUUGAUGAUGCAUAUGCUGCUUCCCGAGAGUUCAAAGUCCAAAAAUUUGUUUUACCAAGUUUUGAGGUGAACAUUGAAAUGGAGCAGAGGUUUAUUUUGUUGAAGACAGAACAGCUCAACUUCUCCAUAUCGGCAAAGUAUUCGCAUGGCGAGCAAGCAAAAGGGGCUUACCACUGCCAAUUUGGAGUGAUAGAAAGAGAUAAAACCCACGGCCAAAAAACGAAGCCUGUGUUUAUCAGGGGGUUGGAGCUAACUGGGAGGAUCAACGGUGGCGCCGAAGCAGCAUCUGUUCAGAUAGCAAACCUAAAUGCUCACCUCGAAAAACAGCAGAACAAAUCCUUCUCUGAGCUACAGCGAAGUGGAGGACAACUAUACUUGAGAGUAUUUGUAACCAAUAUACAAAGUGGUGAAACGCAAGAGGCGGAAGUAAACCUUCCUAUCAUCUCCCAUAAAUACACCUUGGAUCUCUCUCGAACUCGCUCAUAUUUCCUCCCCGGAUACCCACUAGAUGUGGUGCUGGUCGUGAGUCUCCCCGACGGGUCCCCAGCAGCUGGUGUGGGAGUAAAGAUUGAUGUUCCCACCUCUACAGAGACAUCUUGGGAAGGCAAAACCGACGGGGAGGGGGCAGUGUUUCCUGUCUUUAAUAUUCCCUCUGGUGCUCAGAUUACAGUUGACGUGUCGGCAGACGGCCAGACGCAAACAAAAGUGCUUCGGCGCGCUUCAUCUCCGACUAAUAGCUACCUUUACCUGAGUUUUACCAACAGGAUGUACUCUGUGGGCGAGUCAAUGACAGUAACUUACAACACCAUCAACAGCCCAAACGUUGGGUUUAUAUACUUCAUGGUCUUAAGUCGCGGGAUCCUAAUAAAACAUGGCUCUCUCCGAUUGGGCACUUCAGUGAAAGACCACCUGCAAAUAACAUCUGAUAUGGUGCCAUCCUUCCGUCUGAUUGGCUACUACUACAACGAGCGCGGUGACAUCAUUGCAGACUCUGUGUGGGUAGAUGUCAGCGAUGAGUGUGAGAUGAAAGUCAAGGUGGAGGCACAAGGUCUGUUCGAACCGGGGAAAAAAGCUGCGAUAGAAUUUGAUUUAUAUGGUCAGAGAGCCACAGUGGCUUUAUUGGCUGUGGAUAAGGCAAUCUACGCUCUGAAUGCCGAUAAUAAACUCACAGGCAAACAGGUGUUUUCCUCCAUGCAGUCAUAUGACCUCGGGUGCUCGUACAGCGGAGGAUCUGAUCCUGCAGCUGUACUAACAAAUGCUGGCCUGUCUUCUGUAUCUCAGUCGCAGUCAAUGUGGAAAAGAUCUGACUGCGGUUCACAAAAUGCACGACAAAAGCGCGCAGUGGACCUUCAACAAGAAAUGAUGACCAUAAAAUCAAAUUUUUCCGAUGAACAGAUGCAAGAAUGUUGUGUUCGCGGGUUUUCUCUCAUCCCUAUGAGACGAACAUGUCAGGAAAGAGUGAAGAGAGUCUCUAUGGUGAAGAAUAAUCCUGCUUGUGCAGACACCUUUUUAAAAUGCUGCCUUGAAGGACAGCGACUGAGACAAAAAAAGAUUCGAGACGACGCCGAGAAAGGACUUGGCAGGACUGCGGAAGUAGCAGACAUUGAGCAGUUCUUCUGGGACACUGGUGCUCAAUACAUUCGACGAUAUUUCCCCCCGAGCUUUGGAUUCACAACAUCUGAUAUAAAUGGGAAAGGACGGAUGUCUUUGACUCUGCCUGACUCAAUCACCACAUGGGAGAUUCAGGUUGUCACUUUGUCUGCAGCCACUGGUUUCUGUGUAGUUAAGCCGUUGGAGGUCAGAUCGUUCAAGGCGGCAUUUGUCUCCCUGCAACUUCCUUACUCAGUGAAGAGAUAUGAGCAAAUAUCCAUUUCGCCUGUUAUCUACAACUAUGGCCAGGACCAACUGCAGGUGGCAGUUCAUAUGGAACAAACUGAAGGCCUUUGCUCCCCCGGCUCAGCCACCGCCGUGGCUUUUGUUAACAUUACUGUGGAGCCAGAGUCGUCACAGUUAGUGUCCUUCUCCGCUGUUCCCAUGGUAACCGGCUCAAUACCCAUCAAAAUACGUCUCUAUGACAUGGAGAAAGAGUUUGGAAUUGAUGCAAUUGAAAAGACUUUGAGCGUGAUGACAGAAGGACUGGAAAAGAGAAUACAAGAAACCCAAGUGUUUAAAUUAGACGGGAAGAGCACAAAAUCAUUCCAAAUUGACGGAAUGUUACCAGAUGAAACAGUCCCAGACUCCACCUCCAACAUUUUCAUUUCAGCGGAAGCGGAUGGAUUCAGCAGUCCACUUGUGAGGAACCUUCUUUCGCCUGAGAAGGUUUUCAGUCUGAUCCAAUUGCCUACAGGAUGUUUACAACAGACAACGUUAAGACUCACCCCAACAUUGUCAGCCGUGCGCUACCUCGACAUGAGUGACCAGUGGGAAGACCUGCCUCCUGGUACCAGAGAUGAUGCCCUUGAUAAAAUCGAGACAGGCUUUAUAAGGAUAUUUCCAAAGGAGAAACCCAAUAGUUCUUAUGGAUCAUGGUUUUCAACGCCAGCUAGUAAUUGGUUGACUGCACUCAUACUGAAAGUGCUAUCGUUGAUGGCGGAGCGUCAGUCAGUGGCUUUUGGAGAGAAGGGCCGAAAGACUACGAUCGCACCUGAUGAAAAGAUCAAAAACGUAGUCAAUUACUUGCUCACAGCCCAGAACACUGAUGGGUCAUUCCGUGACCCAAAUCCAGUGCUACACAGAGGAGUUCUGAAUGGACCAGACCAACACGCAGCCAUGACGGCAUUCAUAAAUCUUGCCCUGAACCGGUCCCUUCAAUUCCUGAACACUGACUUGAAAAGUAAUGCGGAAGCAAGCAUUACCAGAUCAACAAACUAUCUCCUGUUGCACCUGGAGGAGCUUCAGCAUCCAUUGGCUGUUGCCAUCACAGUCUACUGCCUCGCAGUCUGCCUUCCACAGGGAACAGAUCAUUCAUCUGCCUGGACAAGACUCAAAACAAUGGCUACUCAAGAUGACAAUGGCUGUUAUCUGUGGACAACAACCCAACGGAAUCAAGUCCGUGCAGACGCCAUCACAGUAGAGACCACCGCCUAUGCUCUGCUCGCAGCAGUGGAACUCGGACAUACUAAGGAGGCAGACAAAAUAGCCUGCUGGUUAACCACCCAAGAAAACUAUUUUGGAGGCUAUAAAUCAUCACAGGAUACAAUCAUGGUAUUGGAAGCCCUGGCAGAGUAUGAGCUGAAGGGGCCCGUCCGCUCUGAAGUAAAUCUAGUAGCUGAGUUCACAGUCCAAGGAAGGAAAGACAUCAUACAACUUGUCUUGGAUAAUAAGAAAGAAAAAGUGGAAACAGACCUCAAGAAGUUUUCUGGGAACAACAUUAAGGUGCAAAUGACAGGAAACGGCGAUGCCAAGAUUAAAAUCGUUAAGGCCUACCAUGUGCUGGACCCUGUGGACAGUUGUGACUUACUGUCAAUCAGUGUCACGGUGGAAGGGAAAGUCAAGUACACCGACAAGAUCAUAGAAAACUAUGAAUACUACGAUGACGAUGAUAACAAGGAGGAAAAGGAGGGGCGUGUGCCACAAUCACCAAUUGAGUGGUUUGAUGUUCGCAGCCGAAACAAGAGAGACCUUGAUAGUAACUUCAUUUCAGAAGAUGCUGUCACCUACACAAUCUGUGUCAGUCAUAGCCUGAAGAGGAAUCUCACAGGGAUGGGUAUUGCUGACGUCACACUUCUGAGUGGAUUUGAGGUCGUUAUCGAGGACUUGGACAAGCUACGAGAGACACCUGAGGAAUACAUUUCUCAUUAUGAGGUCUCCAAUGGAAGAGUGCUGCUUUAUUUCAAUGAGCUCUUUGACUCAGAGGAAUGUAUUAGUUUUGAUGCCAUACAGAGAGUACCAGUUGGUCUUCUACAGCCUGCUUCAGCUGUGUUCUAUGAUUAUUAUGAACCAAACAGAAUGUGCACUGUGUCCUACUCCGCCCCCCGAAGGAGCAACAUGGUCUCCAGACUGUGCUCAGAGGAUGUGUGCCAAUGUGCAGAAAGACCCUGUCAUAAAAUACAAAAUACAUUCAAAUCACAAAUUCGUCAGAAGGUCCCCAAGAGUGUCCGUCUAGAACAUGCUUGCUUCUUCCCUACAGUGGAUUACGCAUACUUGGUGGAAAUCCUUAACGUUUCCAUGAAGAGUAACUUUGACAUGUACAAAACGCGUGUAAACGAGGUGCUCAGAUCACAUGGAGAUACGGGAGUGGGUGAGGAUUCUAUUCGAGUGUUCGCUAAGCGGCGUCAGUGCAAAGGACAGUUGGACGUGGGAAAACAGUAUCUCAUCAUGGGCAAAGAUGGCUCCACGACGGACUCCAGUGGGAAGAUUCAGUAUCUUUUGGAGUCCAACACUUGGGUGGAAAGAAAGCCUUUGGAAGAAGAAUGCAAAAAAUCUGCACAUAGAACCGCCUGCUCACGGUUUAAUGUGUUUAAAGAUGAGUACAAGAUAUAUGGCUGCAGACAGUGAAACGGACAAGUCCUUUCAUCCACGGGACGCACCCUCAGCAUAAAUGUUUGGUGCUCUUUUUUAACCUUUUAUAAUCAUAAACGCAUAGUAUGAGAACAUGCUUGAGAUUAUUGCUUGAUAGACAGUAAGUGAACGACAACUUUAGUAUAAUUUGAAAGUUUACUACACUUGGAAUGAGACUAUUGCCCAUGAAUUCAUGUCCAAUACAGCUACCAGUUUUUAAAUAAAUAAAAACCUUUACCUUUGAAUGUAUUAUGUUUUAAAAUAAUGAUUUCAAAAUGUAACCUUCACUCAAUAAAGUUUUGCUCUUUUAUCUCUAUA